AUGUCGAAGUCAUAUGAAAUCACUCUCGGAUUGUGUUUGCCUCGGUCGUGUUCGCCUGAUGAUGUUGCGUCUCUGCUAAACUUCUCUAUGAUGCUUAACGACAAUUCAAAGACAAACGGAACCACGCCCAGAGCAGUAAAAAUAAUUUCGUUGAGACAAAUCGAAGAAUAUUACGACUUAAGAUAUGACGCAGGAGCUGUCAUUCUAAUAUUUAUUACGUUAUUACUAAUUACAUUGUCUGUAAUAGCCACAAUAGUCGAUGUUGGUCUAAUUAAAUGUUUAAAAUCUCAUAGUAGAUCAAUUUCACUGGAUCUGCAAAAAUACAAUGCAAACAGCACUCGGUAUGACCAAAGUCGAAAGUACAAUUGUGAAGUCGUUAAAGUGUUUGUUGAUUUGAAGAGAGAAAAAAUAGUUGACAAAGAAACAUUAAAAAUAAAUAAAACUUUAUCAAAAAAUAUGAAUUCAGAAACAGUGAAUAAGUUAGCAAAAGUAACCAAGAUUCCUUCAGCAAUAACGCUAGACGUCGUGACACAGGAUAGACAAAUUGCGAGCUGCAAAAGAUGCGGGAAGUAUAAAAAGCAAUGCGGAAUUCCGAAACAGUUCGGCAACAUAUCCGCGUGUUCCCGAACCGAAUAUGACAAUUACGCAAGCUUAACAAAUACAGAAUACAGAAAAAUAGAUAAUAUCUUUCUGAAUUUGCUUUUGAGUUUCUCACUGAAACAUAGUUGGAAGAAAAUUUUUAAUACUGAAAUGGCUAAUAAAGAUUUAGCACUAGUUCAUUUGUUGCGAAUCGUUUCAACGUUUUGGGUAAUAUUUAUUCAUGUGACUACGGCUGUAGAUUAUCUUUCAGCUGGUCUCGUAUUGCCUUUGGCUGCUGUCGGCUGCGACGCUGGUUGCGUCAGUGUCGGCGUCAGCGAUCUACGAACACUGGAGUUGUUCCUGGCUGCACUUAGCCUGGCCAGCGGCUUUGCUCUGGCCCGCUUUAGUUUCUUCCACGGAUUACGCUGGUGA